GUUAAAGUCCCAUGUUGCCAUACAUCGGGAUGUAUUCGAACAAACCUCGUCAUUUAAAAAAAUAAAAUUAAAUCCACUCCACCCAAGACCAGCUCAGUGGUUUGGCUGGCCUGGAUUUCUGUACGACCAUGCGAUGUGUAUGGUGGAUCCAAAGAUACCCACAUUUUAAAGAAAUGGUGAACUAUCACAGAAUGAAUCUAGCCCAUAAAAAUGUCUCUUCUCAAGGCCCCAUCUCCCUUGGAAUGCAAAAGGAAGGAAAAAAAAAACAAAAGAGAGGGAAGAAAAGUCCUACCACAAAAACUGGCAAGCAAUAGAGUGGCCAAAAAAAGGAAGAGAGUGCAAACCAGCUCACAUACAUGUAGUAAAAGAAGAGCAUUCCAGCCCCACAUUUCUCCUGUCAAUGGCGCAAAUCAAGCCAACCAACCCACAUGCACGUGGCCCCUUUUGAUGACGAUAUCAAUGAUUCAGCCUUUCAGCAUCCAAAGCACCCCAAGCCCAAAAGACCAUCAAAACCCCACCUCUUCCCACCAAAACCACCCUUAAAAGCCCCCUUCUAAACAAGAACCCCAUAAUCCAGAUUCACCUUUCUUCUUCCCACUUCCCAUCCCAAAUGAGCUAAAACCCAAUAAUCAAAAUCCUAUAAAAAUCCCACUUCCCAAUUAUCAAAUCCCAAACAAGAAAAACCCAAAACCUCUUUGUUUCCCAUUCCAACCUUAACAGCACCCAACAGGAGGAGAGAAGAACAAAAACCAUGCUGCUCCCCACUCUCCCAUCCUGCUUCAACAACAACAACAACAACCACUCCAAUAGCAAUCUCACCAACACUCCCACCACCCAAACCAAAAUGCCACAGAAUCUAAUCACCACCGUCUACCAAACACAUAUCUGUAACACUCCAGCUUUCCUAACACUAACAUGGUCCAAGACCCAAACAUCCCACUCUCUCACCAUCAACAUAGACUCUUCCUUUUCCCUCUCAAUCUCCCUCUCCCCUGCCACCUCUUUCUCCUUCUUCCGAAACAAGCCCGGCUCGAAGCCAAUCUCCCUCCCACACCACCAAUGUCGCCACAAACCCAAGCUUUACUGGGACUUCACCCGUGCCCGAUUCUCUCCGGCUUCCGCCGAACCCGUCUCCAACUUCUACUUAGCUAUUUCGCACGCUGCAAGUAUUGAUUUCUUCAUCGGCGAUCUCCGGGAAGAUGCAUUGCGCCGCUCGGGUGCGAUCCCUCCAUUGCCCACAGAGCCUGCUCUGCUUUCCCGCCGAGAGCACAUGUUCGGGCAGCGGACUUACACCACCAAAGCCCGGUUUUUGGGAUCGAACCAUGAGAUUGGGAUCGAGUGCACAGGUGGGGCGCUGAGAGUGAGGGUGGAUGGGGAGGUAGGCCUGGUAGUGAAGAGGCUAGCAUGGAAGUUCAGAGGCAAUGAGCGGAUUUCAGUUGGUGGGUCCGACGUCGAAUUCUACUGGGAUGUUUUCAAUUGGGUUUGUGGGCCUGGGAGUGGUGGUGGUGGAGCUCAUGGGGUGUUUGUUUUUCAAGUGGGGGAUGGUGGGGUGUGGCCAGAGAUGGUGGGGGCCGAGAAGAGGCUGAUGAGGAAGAGCUUCUCCUCAGGUUCGGCAACGUCAGCAUCAUCGCCAGGGAGUUGGAGUGUAUUGCAGUGGACUGAAGAAAGGAGUGAUGGAAGCAGGAGCUGUUCUUCUUCUUCUUCUUCAUACUCUUCUUCUGCUUCUUCUUUCAAGAGUGGAGGGUUCUCUUUGCUAUUGUACGCUUGGAGGACAGGUUGAAUUUUGGUCUGUGUGGAUUGGUUUUUCCCAUUUGUAAUUCCAUUUCUUUAUAAUUACCUAUCUCUUUGUAUAUUGUUGUUGUUUUUUUUUUUUUUUUUCAAUUUU